AUGAUGGUCCGACCGGCAGAAGAAGAAAGCGAGGCUGAAGUGCGUCGCGAAGAUCAGGACAACAUUAACAAAUUUGCUCGUCUCAAUGCAAGACUUCAUGACGUAAGGGACGAACGUGCAAUGAUCAAGAAAUCCUUGGAACGCUUGGACGAUGCCGCUACCGAACUCAUGAUGGCCUCGGGAGAUCCCGUUCUAUUGUUGAUUGGGGAAUCCUUUUUUGAUACUACGGAAGAAGACGCCACUGAAUUCUGUGAAGAAGAAGUGGAACGAAUGCAAGGACAAUUGGAAUCUUUGGAAAACGAAGAAGGUGAAAUAUUAGGACUUCAGGCGGAUUUGAAAAAAGCUCUGUAUGCACGAUUUGGAAAGUCAAUUCAACUGGAAGAAAAGUAA